CAGCAGCAGCAGCGCUGAUCCUGAAAGCGUCUCUUUGUUUUGCGUGAACGGGGCGUAAUUCAACAACAUGAUGUGAAGAUCUUCACGUGGGGGCCUAUUAACCGCACACAAGCACAGUAUUUAUGAGAGGAAACAAAACAUCCACAUCCCCGCUGCAGAGCGAAGUGUUUUGGGGAUUUAUUUUGGAAACUAUCAGCGCCCUAUUUCUUUUGUUUUUUUAUCUAAAUCCAGAUGUUUUGGAGGGAUGCUGCACAAAUACACACGCGAUGUGUGCGAAGUAGUUAAGCCACGAGGGCUCCGAUUGCAAUCACCGCCCAGCGCUUUAACGAGACAUCGAUAGCCGAUGAUAGGAUCGUAUUCAGGUGCUUUUACGCGCAGGUGCUGCACAACAGAAAGUGUAACGGGGGUUUGGUUACAGAGAGAGGAUGGUGGCGAAGAUGGCGAGCUGUGGAGCGGCUUCUCAGCUGGAGGACGGAGACGGAGAUAUCCCUGCGCCUGAAAACAAAGAUAAUCUGACGGAAAGUGACAGCAGUAGUUCAGAGAACACAGGAACAUCCACUGAGGACAGCUCAGAGGAGGAGGAGGAGGACGAAGAGGGUUCUGAGGGCUGUGCUGGGAAGAAUGGAGGAGAGAAAGAUAAUGAAGAGGAAGAAGCAGAAGACUAUAACAAUGAGUCAGUACGCGGAUCUAAAGCGGAGGCUUCAAAUGGGAAAGAUGAGAGCCGCUUCAAAUUAUGCUGUGAAAAAUGCAAAGCCAUCCAGCAGAGCCAUGGUAAUGAGCUUGUUACGCCGAGGAGGAUCAGAAAGGGACGAUUGCAGGUACAACUUGAAGGAGAGGGCAUAUAUGAGUGUUCGGUCACUGGCCUGGUGUUUGAAGCAUCGGAGCGGGUUCUCGUGAGGUACUCAGUCUUGUCCUGGUCCAAGUUUGGUGCAUUCCUCCGAGACUCCUGGAAAUUUGCUGGACCCAUCUUUAACGUGGACACAGUUGAUAAGGAACCGUCCGUGCUGAAGUCCAUCCAGUUCCCUCACUCUGUCUGCCUCGCCGAUCCAGAAAAUGAGAUGACAUUCAGCGUCCUGCACAUAAAGGACAACCGUCCUCUCAUCGAGCCGACAGUGGAUCACUCAGGUAGCCACGUUAAGUGGAAUGUGACGUCCCUGUCACCCGUGGGUCCCAUCAUUCAGACCACGCAGUCUGUAGAGCACCACGGGGUGGUCCUGGUCUACAAGCAGCUGGGCAGUGACAACAACAACUACAGCUUCCACAUCUACCUAGCCACCAACAGCGCGUCAGACAUCACCGAUGUAGCCAAACAGGUGCGGGGUUACAAGAAACGUUACAUUCAGAUAGAGAAGCCUCCCACGUGUAAACUGGAUGAGGGGACGUAUCGUCUCAUGAGCGAGCCAGAGGGAGACAUCAAACCUGAGGAUUUGAAAUUCACCCUAGCGGUGACUAAGAUGAAAGGUUACUUUGAAGCUUUCUUCGAGCAGCCUCCUCCCUUUAAAUUGUCGCUCAGAGAUACAAACACUGAGGAGACUGUCUGGUCAGCCACCAUCAGAGAAGGUGACUGUGUGAAUAACAUUGAAAAGAAGCCAAGGAAAAGGACCAGCAGCAGACAAAGGAGCAGCAGUCCCUCAGAAGAAGAAACGGCCUGUAAAAGGCCGCGAUGGCAGGAUGAGUCAGACGGAGUGAAAACAGUGAUGACUCAGGACCGGGACAUGUCAGAGAAGCAGCUACUGCAGGUGGCCAAGCGGCUUGGGAAGGAGUGGAAGCAGGUGGCCAUCUAUCUAGAUUUGAACUCCAGGGAGCUGGAUGAAAUCCAGCAAACAGAGAAGGAUGUGACCAUGCAGAAGCUGAAGAUGCUGGUGGAGUGGAAGAGCAGAAGGCGGACAGGAGAGGCUACGGCAUAUCACCUGUGGAAAAGUGUGGAGGAACUAGAUGACUUGCCAAAUGAGGUCCAUCAAACACUGAAAGAAAUGAUGGACAGUCGAGCAGAUAAGUGAAAGAGAUUUGACCCAAAUCAACUGUCAGAUAUCUGUCGCUCCGUCAUCAAGCUCAGGAAAACAACAAAGCAGAGUAGACCAAUGGACCAAACACCAGCUCUUCUCUCAGUUUGUGUUUCUCUUUUAAAAAAAGAGAUUUGAUUCUGUACUGAAUACAGCUUUUUACUUAAACAUUCCUUUGAGUAGCCAGAAUAUGAUUAUCAGGUUAAAAAAUGACCCGUAGAGGUAGAGGUCAUUGUGAUAUUUAGUAGCUAAUUAUGUAGCCAGUAACAGAUGUAAAUGUGUGUAAAAGGUGCUGCAGUGUUGACACUGCACAAAAACGGGAAAAAUCUGACCUGUGUGUCUUGUUUCACUUUUAAACGUUAUGUUUGUGGGACUUUUUUUAUACAACAAUUGGGCAUUACAUCACAUGCAUGUGCUUGUGACUGUCCAGAACAUCACGGACUGAAUUAUUUCUGCACACUUUGUCUUGUAAAUAUGUUUUUUUUUUUGCAAAGUUUUUCAAAUCUGUGGUCUAUUUUUUUUAACGUUUUUUUUAUUUGACAACUCUGAACCUGUAAUACUAAAUCUAAUUGUUUUGUUUUGUUUGUUUCACUUGAAUUAUGAAUCCAUUACUGGCCUCCUGUGACUGGAACGCACAUCUUGUUUUUUAAGUAUAAAUGUGUAUAUAUAUAUAUAUUCAGGGCUGAAUUUAAGUACCUGCGUGCGUGCAGCUACAGCAACAUUCCUGUAUUUUUUACGAGUCGUCUUUUCAAGGUUUAUCGUAGAGCUGUAAAGCUUUGAAUGCUUAUGGUUUGAAAAACAAACUAUACUGUAAACUGCCUGUGGAAAUGUUUCAGUUAUGUCUUUGCAGCCUUGUUUCUGUUGUUUCCAGACAUCUCAACACUAUUUGGGAAAAGCUGCAAAAAGAAAUGCAAUCUGUCGAAUCUUUAAGGGUCUUCCAUGCAGAUGUCGCAGUGACGUUUACAUUCAGAGAACACAGUCACUUCUUUAAACGAUUUACCAACAAUAAUCCAGUCCGUCCUAUUUGCACUUGUUUCUAUCGUGUCUGAGCCCCUUUAAAGAAUUGUGGAAUAUCAUAAAGGAGUGAACUUAAUAAAACAAGAAGAAGAACGUCUCAUUUCA